CAAUAUCAGGUGAGCUGUGGAGGUGGGGUCCUUGGAGACUGGAUGACAGCAGCUGGAAGGGGAUAAGGGUGCAGUGAGCCCCUCCCUCAAGGAGGUCUGGCUUUAUCCAGAGGCAGGGCCCUCUGAGGUGGGGCUGAGGUAAAAAGGGGGAUUGAGCAGCCCAGGAGAAGAGAGAUGGGGGUUCCCUUCUUCCCUUCUCUCAGAUGCACGGUGGACUCAGGACCUUGCUGGGCUGGGGGUAUCACUGCAGAGAUGAAGCUGCUUCUGGCCUUAGCAGGGCUCCUGGUCAUUCUGGCCAUGCCCCAACCCUCUGAAAGUGCUUCUCCAGCUGUCCUGGGGGAGGUGGAUACCUCGUUGGUGCUGAGCUGCAUGGAGGAGGCCAAGCAGCUGGUGGACAAGGCCUACAAGGAGCGGCGGGAAAGCAUCAAGCAGCGGCUUCGCAGUGGCUCAGCCAGCCCCAUGGAACUCCUAUCCUACUUCAAGCAGCCCGUGGCAGCCACCAGAACAGCGGUGAGGGCUGCUGACUACCUGCACGUGGCUCUAGACCUGCUGGAGAGGAAACUGAGGUCCCUGUGGCGAGGGUCAUUCAACGUCACUGAUGUGCUGACGCCCGCCCAGCUGAAUUUGUUGUCCAAGUCAAGCGGCUGCGCCUACCAGAACGUGGGGGUGACUUGCCCGGAGCAGGACAAAUACCGCAACAUCACCGGGAUGUGCAACAACAGACGCAGCCCCACGCUGGGGGCCUCCAACCGUGAGUUUGUGCGCUGGCUGCCGGCGGAGUAUGAGGACGGCUUCUCGCUUCCCUACGGCUGGACGCCCGGGGUCAAGCGCAAUGGCUUCCCGGUGCCUCUGGCUCGCGCUGUCUCCAACGCGAUCGUGCGCUUCCCCACCGAUCAGCUGACCCCGGACCAGGAGCGCUCACUCAUGUUCAUGCAGUGGGGCCAGCUGUUGGACCACGACCUCGACUUCACCCCUGAGCCGGCCGCCCGGGCCUCCUUCCUCACUGGCGUCAACUGCGAGAUCAGCUGCGUGCAGCAGCCGCCCUGCUUCCCACUCAAGAUCCCGCCCAACGACCCCCGCAUCAAGAACCAAGCCGACUGCAUCCCGUUCUUCCGCUCCUGCCCGGCCUGCCCCCAGAGCAACAUCACCAUCCGCAACCAGAUCAACGCACUCACGUCCUUCGUGGAUGCCAGCAUGGUGUACGGCAGCGAGGAGCCCCUGGCCAGGAACCUGCGCAACAUGUCCAACCAGCUGGGGCUGCUGGCCGUCAACCAGCGCUUCCAAGACAACGGCCGGGCCCUGCUGCCCUUUGACAACCUGCACGAUGACCCCUGUCUCCUUACCAACCGCUCGGCGCGCAUCCCCUGCUUCCUGGCAGGGGACACCCGUUCCAGUGAGAUGCCUGAGCUCACCUCCAUGCACACCCUCUUACUUCGGGAGCACAACCGGCUGGCCACAGAACUCAAGCGCCUGAACCCUAGGUGGGAUGGGGAGAGGCUCUACCAGGAGGCCCGGAAGAUUGUGGGGGCCAUGGUCCAGAUCAUCACUUACCGGGACUACCUGCCCCUGGUGUUGGGGCCAGCGGCCAUGAGGAAGUACCUGCCCAGGUACCGUUCCUACAAUGACUCAGUGGACCCACGCAUCGCCAACGUCUUCACCAAUGCCUUUCGCUACGGCCACACCCUCAUCCAACCCUUCAUGUUCCGCCUGGACAAUCGGUACCAGCCCAUGGAACCCAACUCCCGUGUCCCCCUCAGCCGGGUCUUUUUUGCCUCCUGGAGAGUAGUGCUGGAAGGUGGCAUUGACCCCAUCCUCCGGGGCCUCAUGGCCACCCCUGCCAAGCUGAAUCGUCAGAACCAAAUUGUAGUGGAUGAGAUCCGGGACCGAUUGUUUGAACAGGUCAUGAGGAUUGGGCUGGACCUGCCUGCUUUGAACAUGCAGCGCAGCAGGGAUCACGGCCUUCCAGGGUACAAUGCCUGGAGGCGCUUCUGUGGGCUCCCGCAGCCCAACACGGUGGGUGAGCUGGGCACGGUGCUGAGGAACCUGGGAUUGGCGAGGAAACUGAUGGCGCAGUAUGGCACACCCAACAACAUCGACAUCUGGAUGGGUGGUGUGUCUGAGCCCCUGGAGCGCAACGGCCGCGUGGGCCCACUCCUCGCCUGCAUCAUCGGCAUCCAGUUCAGGAAGCUCCGGGAUGGUGAUCGGUUUUGGUGGGAGAACGAGGGUGUGUUCAGCAUGCAGCAGCGACAGGCCCUGGCCCAGAUCUCCUUGCCCCGGAUCAUCUGCGACAACACGGGCAUCACCACCGUGUCUAAGAACAACAUCUUCAUGUCCAACUCGUAUCCCCGGGACUUUGUCAACUGCAGUACACUUCCUGCAUUGAACCUGGCUUCCUGGAGGGAAGCCUCCUAGAGGCUAGAUUACAUCUGUCAUGGUUUCUUGGAGGGCCCACUUGUAUCCUCUUGUUCUUCAUUUAUUGAGCACCUACUACAUGCAAGGCACUGUACUGGGCAUGAGAAACAUAUAGAGACAAGAAAGAGAUACCAAGAUGCCAUCUGUGUCUCCGUUAGCAGAGCUGGACCAGUGGUGCCCUGGAGGGAUGAGCCAGCCGCAGCUGGGCUCUGUGGUUGACUUAUAGGCCCAGACAGCCAGGCUCAGGCCAUGGCUCCCCUUUUUCUUCCUCACCCUGAUUUCUUGCUUAUUCACUGGAGUCCUCCUGAAGAGGAACUGGGCCUGUUGUACUUUCUGUACCAUUUAUUUGCUCCCAAUGUUUACGAUAAUAAAGGCACUACCGAUGGGGACCUCCA